UGACAGAGGUCAGGGGUCACGUCCCGCAGCAUCACAGACACUGACGCUAGCUCGCAGCUUAUCGAUGCUCUCGCCCUCCUCUGCGUCCUGAACGUCAGCUCCUCCGCCACUAGAACCAUAUUCUCCUCCGUUAUUUUUACCGAGUCAUUGUAUCCGCUUCACGCGCCUUCAGCUGCGGAUCCGACGGUUGCUUUUGCUGGAAAUACUCGACGACGGACGCGUCUGUGUGCGAUGACAGCUCUGGUGCCUCCUCCUGCUUCACUGCUGCCUAGUAGGCAUGCAUCUCCUUUACGAUCACCAUCCAAUCAUAGAAGCCCUACAGGCUCCCAUUUGCAUUUAGCAAACGAACAGGAGGACAGUGAGAAGAUGCAAGGGCUGUCUGAGGUGCUGCGUGAUAAGGAGCGCCGUGUGCAGCAGCAGCUGGAGCGAUGCGCCGAGGAGCGAGGGCGGAAGAUGGAGGAGCAGAGGAGGAAGGAGCAGCGGCGCCGGGCGGCAGCUGAGGAGAAGAGACGGCAGCAGCAGGGGGCAGAGAAGGAGCGGCUGGAGGCCCUGGUACGCAGGAGAGCUGGAGGUGCAGAAAGGCGAGGAGGAGGGGGAGGAGUGGCCGGAGGAGAGGCUCGCGACCACCUGGAUAACAGGCCCAAACGCUGGACGUGGGGAGGACCGCCUGACGGAGUGGAGGGUGACCCUAAGACCCCACCCCGCCCUGCCAUUGGCUCUGCUCAGCCCAAUGAGCUUCCUGCUGCUUCCAGCGCCAGCCGACCCCGUAACGGUACAGACCAUGACUCUGUGUGUGCCCCUCAUGCCGCUUCGCCGCCACCGGUGGUUGACUUCCUGUCUCCACCAGCCAUGGAUUCACCAAUGAGCAAGCAGCUCUCCAGCUCGUCAGCAGCCCUCCACUCCCCAGACAGAGCUUCCCCCAACAACCACAAACCCUACAGAAGUUCCUCCAACCGUAGGAGCACUGCUGGAAUGCCCGAGGAGAUGUCCAAAGCCAAAACACCCACGGGAGACACUCCAAACACACCGGUCCGCAGUUCUUCCUUCAGGGCCAACAGUAAGGGCCCCGCCACGCCCAAACGAGUGAGGUCGUCCAAGAAUCGUGCCCAGUCUCCUUGCUCCCCUGGCCAGUAUCCCCCAUCCCCACUGCGACACAGAGCCACCACCCCGGGCAGCGAUGACAAGGGCUACGCUGAGGUCAAAGGGCACGGCACCCUGGAGAGGAAACCCACCAAACCAGAACCUUCAGACAGAAAGAUUCCCAAAUCCACCAGCAGAGAGCUGACUGCAGAGUCUCCAGGAACACCCACAGGCAGGAGUGUUGGUGGGACAAUGGACGCUGAGGAGGCCUCCAGGGUUCUGGCAGAGAGGAGACGACUGGCCCGAAUGCAGAAGGAGCAGGAGGAGAAACAGCGGCAGGAGAUGGAGAGGCUGAGAGCCGAGGAGGAGCAGAGGAGCCAGCAGGAAGCGAGAGAGCGACAGGAGAGAGCAGCGAGACAGGCCGAGGAGGACAGACUGAGGCGUGAGGUGGAGAGGAGGAGCAAGGAGGAGGAAGAGAGGCGACAGAAGGAGCAGCGAUGGAAGGACAUGCAGGACCAGCUGGACAGAGAGAGGGAGGAGGCCUUCCUGCGAGCCCAGAGAGAAGCUGAGAGGAAGCGGCAGGAGAGGGAGCAGCUGCACAUGCAGGAGGAGCAGGAGAGGCUGCAGCGGAAGAAGAGAAUCGAGGAGAUUAUGAAACGAACACGGAAGAGUGAAGUUGAGCCUCUGUCCGGAGCCUCAGGUGAAGUGUCUGACAUGAGAGCAGAGGCUUUGGACGAGGACGCUGCGACUCCUGCUGAAGCGCCUGUUAUCAUGCUGGGACCCUUGGAGCAUAAGAGCUGUAUGGACGAGCUGUCUGAUGGAGUCCAAUCCAUGGACGUCAGCUCUCCGUCUGUCUCCAUCAGUCCAGUGUCCAGAGACGAGCAGGCAAGCGCUCAUGAGUUUUCACCGGUUACUGAUGGACCAGACGGCUGCCCCCUGGAGCAGCUGAUAGACCUGGAUGCCUCGGGUCAAGGACAGAGACCAGGUGGAGAUACACCCCCUUACCCCAAGCUGCAGGCCGGCAGCGGGGUCGGAGACCUCAACAAGAACCUGCUGAUUCAUGGGUACAGUGCUGCCUCCGAAUCGUCUGCGCUCCUCCACAGCGUCGGCCCGAGGAAACUGGACGUCCAGUAAUCAGGGCCUUUUUGCAGAGCUGGCAGAUUGACUAGAAACGGGAACCAGGAGAAAUCGAGGAAAUCAUCACCACCUCCAUCUGCAACAGCCGCCACCGACUUUACAAGGAUCAACUGCUGAACAUUUGAAUUGUUCUCUGUGUUAACAAACCACACGCUUCACGGUUCAGCUGGACACAUUCUGAGGCAAUACAAGUGGCUUCCUUCAGCUGCUGACGUCAUUAUGAUACAGAAGAGAAGCAUUCCCAGCCAAACAGCUGCACACUUAGGUUCAGUGGUAUUCUUCUAAAACUUAACCCAAAUCUAAAAUUCUGUUCAUGUAAUGAAACGUCCAGGCUUAAGCACUGAAACCAAUUAGGGUCAAAGUCAGUUCAAGGCUUUACACAUUAACCCACUUCUUAACCCACGUAGAUUACACAACCCCCUGAAACCUGUUCAUGUUGUUGCCGGUGCUGUCGCUCAGCCGCAUCGUUAUCACUGCUGCUUUAUCUUGUUAUUGCUUUUGUAAAACUGUAAAUAGACGCGACUGAUGGUGGAGGCUGUCAGCGCACAGAGGCAGCAGCUCUGUAGUCGUGGACCUGGAGGGAAGCGUAGAGCAGACACUGUUGUGAACCCCGUGUAGCGUCGUUGGUGAGGAGUAGCUAGUUUCUCUCUAUCUCGUCAGUGUUUCCGAUGGUUGCUGUGUGCCGGCUGUAGGUUUCCUGCCAUCCUAAUGCUGGAGGAAACCAUCAACAGCUAAUGUUAUAACCCUGCUGUUGACAUGUAACACUUAGCCUGUUGCUCUGUGCUGCUCAUCACUUGACUGACGGUUUGUGGUCGAGCAGGAAGAAAACCUGGGCAGACAAAGGGUAAAAUAUAUAAAUGUCCUGUGUUUUUAUGUGCAGGUCAGGAAAUGUGAAUGUGUGUAUUUGCUUGGCACUGACUGGAACUAAGCGGACUGCAGAUUAUAUUGUGCACUUCAAUAGUUCAAUUGUUUUAACACUUACUUUUCUGAAGGCGCUUAUGUCCACUUCAGCUCACUUCCCCAGGUAAAAUAUAACUAUAGACUCUCACCACCUCGCAGCCCAUCACCUCUGAGGCCUUAACCUCUGUGCAGCCGAUAUUCCCCGUAACACAUGUCAUCUGCUUUUCCUUCAGUCUGCAUGUGCUGCUGAACGAUCCAGGACUUGCACAAACAGCUGCAUCUUGUAAGGUGGCCUGAUACACAGACCCUCAGAGGCCUCGAAGCCUCCAUAAGCACUGUGAAAUGCUGAGGGAAGAAGUCCAGAUGCCACUGCUGAACCCAAACACCCGCAAAACCAACUGUAAAAACACUCCAUCACUACAUCAGCUCUGUGUUUUUCAUUCUAAGCGUUAAGGUCAACCCAGCAGGUAAUAUGGAUCAGAAAGUGUCACUGUGUCUGUUUGAUUUAAGCCCCUACCUGAUCUGGUGUUGUGUCUGUCACUGUUGUUGUAGAAACGUUACUGAACUGCUUUAGUUAUUCUGUUACUGCAAACCUUUAAUCGUAGAAUGUAAACACCUGACCUCAGUGUAUAUUCUGCACCUUUAUAUAAAUCUGGACAUAUGAACAAGAGCAACGGUUCAAUAGGGGCCAACAGCACAAAGACAACAGGAUGCAGAUGUAAAGUGAGUUCUGACAGAAUGCUCCUUCAUCGUGUUUUAAAGCAACAAACUUUAUACUAAUGACUCCUGCAACUUACAGGAUCUUACGUUUCACUGCUUUGUUCUUUUCACAUUAGCUCAUUAUUCUGGUUUCUGCUUAAACUCGCUGUACGAGGGUCUCCUGCCUCCCCUCAUGUAUGAAUUAAAAACAAAGGAAACAAUGUUUAACCUAAUAUUACUGAAACUCUGUGACACUGCAGCUUGGUGGAAUAUAUCAUUGUAGAUGUGGUGCAUGGAAACUGCUAAAACACAAUAAACUUCAUCAAGCCAUGUGUGUGAGUGAGCUGGAUAAAUAAACAGAUGUAUAAUAAAAAUGAAAAACAAAUCCUCUUGGUUGCAGAUUAAAGGAAAACGAAUAUUUGGUCUUAACAUUCAUAGGAAAUAAUGAGGUAUGGAAUGACAAAUGUAGUGUAGCCUAAUGCAGCCACUUUUAUUUAUCACUGUAUGUCCCUGUGUGUUAACAUAAUGCUGCACUGAAUUAAAACUGAUCUGCAAAUGUGA